CGAAGCACAGAAGAAUAACCAGAUUUUCAUCAAACAGAGGAAAUAUGCACCGGAGGCUUUUUCUGCUCAUUCUGAUGGGUCAGUGUUCCUUGUUUUUAUGCCAGCACUAUAAGUACUAUUUUAUUGAAGAGCCUAAAACUUGGGACGAAGCUCAGCGCUACUGUAGAGAAGGAUAUAAAGACCUGGCCACAGUGCCUAACAUGAAAUAUAUGAAGACACUGUACACAGAUUCUACAGAGAAUCAAGCAAACGCCUGGAUUGGGCUGUACAGCACCUCAGGAAAAGAAAACAGGAGGUGGCACUGGUCUCUGCCAGGAGUGGAGUUCAAUGCUGAGGAGAUGAAAUGGAGUGGAAAUGAACCUAAUGAUGCAGGCGGACAUCUUGAGAACUGUGCAGUGAUUGACAGCUCCAAUCAGUUGAUGGAUUUUGGUUGUUCUAAUCCUUACCCCUUUAUCUGCUAUAAUGAACAAAACACAUCACUCAAUUUCAUUGACUCUCCAAAAGCAUGGCGUGAGGCUCAGAGCUACUGCAGAGAGCACCACACAGACCUGGCCAGUGGAGCAGAACAGUUAAAGGAAGCAGUCAGUAAAUUUAAGAGUUCUGAUAAACCACGAUCAUGGAUCGGCCUGUUCAGAGACACCUGGAGGUGGUCAGAUGGGAGUAAUUAUUCUUACAGACACUGGAGAGAUGUUGGUGAGUUACCUGAAGAGCUGUCUGAAUCUGGCAGCGGCACCAGGAAAUGUGCGAUGACUGAAUUAAAGAAAGAAGGAAAAUGGAAAGCUGAUGAUUGUAACAACAGCAAACCUUUCUUCUGCUACGGUGAUGAGUUGAUCCUGAUCAAUGAGAGCAAAAAUUGGGACGAGGCUGUAAAGUACUGCAGAGAGCACCAUCGUGACCUGGUCUCCAUCACAAGCCUUGAACAGCAGAAACUGGUGCAAGAGAAAGCCAAGAAUGCCAACACAUCCCACAUCUGGCUGGGACUGCGCUACAGCUGUGCUCUUGAUCUGUGGUUCUGGGUCAAUGACCAGCUUGUCUGCUAUAAGAACUGGGCCAAUGAGACAGACACUGGAGACAGUAACCUGGCUGUAGCCAUGGAGACAGGAGGAGAACAUAAAUGGUUCAAGAAAAAUGACACAGAGAUGUUUAACUUCAUCUGUUCUUUAUCAUAGGCUUCGAAACCAUGCUAACUUAAAGUUCUAUUAAGUGUUGCAGUCACACUUACUGUAUUUUUCCUUUAUCCAGGCUAGAUAUUGAUGGGAUAUAACAAGAAGAAGCACUCUGAGUGCAAACCUCCACCAACGCAGCUCACCCUGCGCAGGAUUUUUUUUUAAUAGAAUAACACCGGAUUUUGCAUGUACUUACUUUAGGGUUUUUUUUUUCUGUUUUUAAAUGUACUAAGAAGUUUUUAGUGCAGUUAAUAUAUAUAUAUACAUAC